AUGCCGCCUCGAGGAGUGCCCGCCUGUCGCCCCCGCGGGGAGAGGCGGCACGACGACGGCUCUGCCGACGGCGCGGCGUCCUCGGGAGGCGUGGGUCUCCGUCGCGCUUUUGUUCCAGGAAUGAUUUUGACGAAGCAGUCGCUGAUCCCCGUAAAAGCUUCGCCCGCGUACCCUGCAGGCGGAGGGCGAGAGAGAGGCGCGGGCUCGCCCUCUCGACCGCAUGCCCCGUCCUCUCGCUCAAACGACUCUCUUUCCUCGUCUGCUUCUGGCCUCUGGGCGCAAAAGUCUUCCUCUGGUCUUUCCGGCUCUGCCUCUGCUCCUGACGCAUCUUCCUCGAAGGCGGGGUCAGCAGACCGCAGUGCGCCGCGAGGCGCGUGGAACCGAGGAGACUCCAGCAGCGAGAAGCCGGGGCUGAGCAGCCUGGGAGUUGCUGCAGGCUCUUGUGGAGGGCGGGGCGAGCGCGAACAAGGCCGAAGGCUGCGUGAGCGGAGAGGAAGAGCCGACGAGCUGGAGAGGGAGGCGCAGACGGCACAGAGUUCGAGGGGAGAAGAGCGCGAGACGAGGGCGUCGGACGCGAGUCGCGUGAACGACGGAUCCGCCUCCGGGUGUCGCAGAGACAGCGACAACCCUUCGGACAAAAUGGGGCGGAGGAACAAAGCCGAGGGAAAAGGAAAAGAGACAGGAGACAGAGAAGGCAGAGAAGACAGAGAGAGAGAGAAAGAAACGAAACAAGCGGGGAAACCCGCGACGGAAGGAGCCACCUCCGAGAACGUGCAAGCGACGACGCAAGCGUACAAGGCGAAGACAAAAACGAAAGUCGCGGUGCGCCUGCUGCCGCCGUCUGUGCGAGAGGAAGAGUUGUUCGCGCUCGUCGCGGAGUCCGUGCAGGAGAAAAUCGCCUGGACGCGAUUCGUCCCUGGCUGCCAGCACAAACCUGGCGAAUCCAGUCGGAACAGCACUUGGUACGUCAACUUCGCCGCUGAAGAGGACGCGGAAGAAUUCAUCAAGAGUUUUCACGGAAAGGCUUUCGUCGAUGAACGGCACAACACCUUUAAGGCAGUUGCUCGCCUGGCUCCCUACCAGAAAGUUCCUCGAAAAACUGGCCCGGACCGCCGCGAAGGCACCCUCGCGAAUGAUUCUCUCUAUCUCGACUUCCUGCGGGCUCUCAAUGACGGUACAGCAUUUGACCCACGCGCCGUGCCGCCUGGAUCCGAGGAGCUGGAGCCUGUCGUCGACGACGACGGAAUCACGCUCUCUUCCCUGGUUCUCGCGCUGCGAGAGAAGUACGGAGUCAAAACCAUGGUGAAAGGGUGUCCGUACACUCUCGCCAUGUGGCGCCGCACCUUCUCAGUCGCCGACCCCGACGAAGAAGAACGCGCUUCCUCUCGUACGACCUACGAGUCUGAGAGAAGAGACGCGAACGGAGAACUCGGCGUCCGCCGACGUGGAAAAGGACCAGCGCGAGCGGGACGAGAAACCCGUCGCAUGCAAGCUGCUUCCGCGCCGAGUGUAGAGACAGCGGCUGCCUCGGGAGAGACGGGACUGAGGCGGCAGACGCCAGGUUCCUCUGUAACGCCCGCGAUAUCUGCUGAGGCGCCUCGCCCGACUCCCGCCGCAGGCGCGACUGGCAGUGGAGCCCGAGGAGGAGUCUGGCGCGCUCUCUUAGGCAUUCAGAAGAGGGCGACGACUGCCGGCGGAGCUGAGAAAGCCGAGAACGAGGAGGCAGCGAGGUCCAUCUCGGGAUAG